CAAUUUCCUAUUGAAAGAGAAGGUUCACCAAGCUCUUUGACAUUACCUAAAUAUAUUUCUAAUUCAAACUUAUUAAAUGCUACAAACUCUGGAGAACAAACCUUAUCACCUGUUUGGAAGUACUUUAACCAAAAGAAAACUCAGUUGCCUGGACAUUUUUUAGCAGAAUGCUCUUAUUGUCCUGCUAAAUGGUCAAGAGGUGAACCACAGAAACUUGAGGCACAUCUUGCAUUAGAAUGUCCUAAUGUUAAUAAUGAGAUUCGACAAAUAUAUUUGCUUUGUUCUUGUCUUACAAAGUAUUUUCCACAAAAAGAAGGAGAAAAUUUAUCUGAAGAGCAAAUAAACUCUAUAAAUAGUUCGUUAUUAAAAGCAUUUGUAACUUGCAGUAUUUCAUUCUCCAUAAUUGAAAAUCUAUUUUUCAUCGACCUCCUUCAAAAUUUGUGUUCAAAUUACCAACCACCUUCAAGAGAAGUUCUAUCAGGUCGAUUGUUGGAUCAGGAGUACUCUAGGGUUACAGUUAAACAUGAGGCUAUUUUUAAUGAAUCUGAGAAUCUAACUCUUGAGCAUACAUUUGCUUCACAUCUUGUAAAAGAAUGUACUGAAAUCAUAAAGUUUUUUAAAAAAUCGUAUCAGCCAAAUUCGCAUCUGCAUUAUGCAAUUUCUGAAUUAAAAAUUUUUGGUGGAGGAUUAAAGAAAUUUAUAGACACAAGAUGGACUUCCACAUAUGAGUAUGCCUUAUCUUUUAGUAGACUUGAAUGCACGAUCAACAAUACUAGCUACUGCUUUUUACAAUUUAUUCAACUUGCAGCUGCUAUUAAGAAAGUUCUGAAUUUACAGGCCAAAGAGUUUAAAAGUUACUGUGUACAAAUUUUUAAUAAAAGGUGGAGAGAUUUUAAUGCUGAUAAUUAUUUGCUAGCAUAUUUCCUUCACACAGGUGCUGGGUUACGUGAACAACAAUUUCAAUCAAUUGUAAUAACCACAAUUAAGAUAUGGCAACAGGAAGGGCAUAAUCAAUAUGAAUGUGCUAAUCUUGAACUAUUUUUUUUUGGUAAUAAAUUAUUAUGUGAUGAUUUACAAGAACAAGUAGCAUCAGCAACCUUUUUAGUUGCGAAUGAUAAAAGCAUUGCUAAAGACUCUGAAAUAGAAGUUAUUAAACAUUUUGAUAUUGAAAAUAUAGUAUUUCUAAAUGAUGAAAUGUUUCAAGAUGGUGGAUCUGAUAUUGACAAUAAAGAACUACAAAGUGAUAGUAAUGAUGAAUUGGAUGAAUGUAAUGAUGAAGAUUUUGAUGUUAGUAAAAUAGGACAAGAUAGUUAUGAAAAUAUAGAUGAAUGUAGCUAUGAAAAUAAUGAUAACAAUUUAAAUAGAAUAGAUAAGUGUGUUGAUAGUGAUUUAGAUAUUAGUGAUUUAGAUAUUGAAUCUGAAAAAGAUAAUAGUGAGAAUUCAAUUAUUAUAGAGAAUGAUAAUAAGAAUUUAGAGUCUUUACCUAUAGCAAUUUGA